AUGGCUGAUGUGACAACCGACUAUCAAUGUGCUGUUAUUGAUGAAAUUCAGAUGGUUGGUUGUAAAUCAAGGGGUUAUUCGUUCACACGUGCACUUCUGGGGCUUUGUUCAGAUGAACUUCAUGUCUGUGGUGACCCAGCUGCUGUUCCCCUUAUUCAGCGAAUUCUUGAAGCUACUGGUGAUGUAGUUACGGUUCAAUAUUAUGAGAGACUAUCUCCUUUGGUUCCUCUGAAGUCUCCACUUGGGUCUUUCUCUAACAUCAAGGCAGGAGAUUGUUUAGUAACAUUUUCAAGACAUGGAAUUUAUACUCUCAAGAAAAGAAUUGAAAGGGAGGGAAAACAUCUUUGCUCUGUGGUCUAUGGUUCAUUGCCACCAGAAACUCGAACAAAGCAGGCGACAAUGUUCAAUGAUGAUACCAGUGACCUUAAUGUGCUAGUAGCUAGUGAUGCUAUUGGAAUGGGUCUUAAUCUGAACAUUUCCAGAAUUAUUUUCUCUACAAUGAUGAAGUUUGACGGUUUCUGCAACAGGGAACUAACUGUGGCCGAAAUCAAACAGAUCGCUGGCAGGGCCGGGAGAUAUGGGUCUAAGUUCCCUGUUGGAGAAGUGACCUGUCUAAAUGCUGAAGAUCUCCCAUUGCUGCACUCGUCUCUGAAAUCAGCUUCCCCCAUUAUAGAGCGUGCUGGACUUUUCCCCACAUUUGAUUUAUUAUCUUUGUAUUCACGAUUACAUGGAACUGACUUUUUUCACCCUGUACUGGAACGUUUCUUGGAGAAGGCUAAACUAUCACCAGACUAUUUUAUUGCUGAUUGUGAAGAUAUGUUGAAGGUUGCUGCUAUUGUUGAUGAUUUCCCUCUCAGAUUGUAUGAUAAAUACCUCUUCUGUAUCAGUUUGCAGAAAAUUAUGCAAGGAAAGGCAUUGCUCGCCUUAAAGAGAUAUUCACACCUGGAACAUGACAGGUUCCUAAAACAGACAAUCAACUCAAGGAGCUUGAAUCAGUUCACAAGGUUGAUCGAAGAAUAUCUGGAGAGGUCAGGAUGGCAACCACAAGGCCGAAGAAAGUUUUUGCGUGGAGCACAAAAGCUGCUCCAAGAAUACGAUGAAUCGCAAUUGUAUGAUCUCUUUAAUCUCCAGUAA